AUGUACCUACAGGGCAAACAAUUGAUGCAAUCCAGGGAGAUAUCUCGCGAAGAUGAUAUCGAUUUCAUAACGUACCACGUCACUGCCGCUGCAUAUACGCUCCGGGGCGAAAUGCUACGCCUAGCCGUGAGUCAUGUCCUCCUUGGUUUCCAAGCGGCGCUCAACGUAGGCUUGAACAAUCAAGACCGAUGGUACACUACGCCGCUGGAACUUGUCCCUAGAAAGGCUCUUUGGUGGACUCUAUACUUCCAAGACAAGUAUAUCACGGAGAAAUGCGGUAUUGCUUAUUUCAUUAGGGAGAGUGAAGUUGCAGUCAGCGACUUCAGGGCCGGUGUUGUUGACGGGCCUGGGGACAGAGAAAUCGACGCUCCGAAGCGAGAGCUACUUCAAAACUUUGUCAUCUACUGCAAGCUUUGGACGCAGAUCUGGGAUGAUUUCUUCGCACCCGGGGCGCGAAGAGCCGGCAAAUGGGAUGAGAUAGAGAUUAUGGACGCUAGGAUCACGGCCUCUCAACAGCAGACGCCCCCUCGACUGAUUUGA